CAGGGGAGUAAACUUUGGAAAACUCGUCUUUUCGAUCCUUGAAUUCAAGGCGACAGGGCUGCCUGCAAGCCCUGCAAGCCCUGCGGUUGCUUCAGGACUUGCCAUGUGUCGUGUCCCUCGCGCGAGAGCGAGAGCGAGGGCAGUCUGCCGUCUGCUUGUGACGUCACGAAGUAUCACACAAUGCUCAGCUGUGCAAGCAGUAACCGAACAGAGGGUUCCGGGAGAAGAUGUAUACUGUAUCCAAGGGCCCAAGCAAAAUCGUUGCUAAGACGCGGAGAGGUAUCUCACAAAACCUUGAGAGGUUGGAUACCCUCCGCGACGCUAGAAAAUCCACAGAUUCCAAAGAAGACCAGGAUUAUGUUAUAAACACUCCGAAACCUGUUUUCCAUAUGAAUGGGAAGAAAUCUAACCACAAUAGAUACCACCAAGAAGUCAUAAGUCCACAGCAUGAAGAAAUAAUUAAAUUUAUUUAUGACUCUUGGACAACAGUAUGCAAAGAGUGUGAAGUAGAGCCACAGGAAGACGGACAAAGCCCUCAGCCACCUUCUCCUGUGUACUACAACGACUGCGAGCCCAGCGAGCUCUUGCAAGAUUUCAAGCCAUUUGACCUGGAAUCAUGGUGGGGCAAGAGAUUAUUCAACAACAUAACAAAAUCAAUUCCUUGAACCAUAUGGAGGACACUUUUGGAAGCUGGUGUGCAAUUUCAUUAUCAUGGGAGCCAACACAACAUGAUGAUCAAGUGUGGCAUGUUUGCCAUGCAUUAGUGGUUCGUGGAAUGCCAAUUGAGAUGAGUCUUGGUGUAUUUGUGGACCAAAAAAAUUUUAAAUGCAAGAAAAGGCAUCUAGAAGAAACACCUUCAAGAUUCCUGACCGGAUAGUGGACUCGUAGUGAGUUGAGUGUGAUUCCUUAGGUUUUGGGUGUCAUGUCCAAUGAUGUCUCUGGCAUUUUCUGGCAUAUUCCAUUUAUUAAAUUUUUUUCUUGAUAGGGCCGGUAUAUUAUAUGUUACAAACUUGGUUCUGCAGUCAUAAUCUCAUCUGGGAUUGUCAUGAUCCAUCAGCAGGAUAUGCCUGGGAAAGCUGGUCAUGUCGUGGAAAUGUACCUGAUUAGUGAACUUAUUAGGAGAGUUUUGUAUGGAAACAAGAUGAUUGAUUCAUUGAUCUGUAAGUUUGCUAUUUCCUAUUGACGUUGUUAUUUUUGUUUCUACAGCUCAAUGCGCCCAUUUCGUCUACUAAAAUUGGGCCUAUUAGUAAGAGGUUGACGAUUGGAUGAAACUGAAGGCCACCUUUUUAUGUGAGCUUUUCUUUUUCACCUCGUCCCUAGCAGUAGUCAAAACAGAGUAGUUUAAAUGAGUGCUUGUACAACUUCACUGAGUUGUAUACAGCAUUAUGUAGUGAAAGAGAAAACAUAACCAACAGCAUUGGAAUAAUCUGUCUUAUUCUUUAUAAGCAGCUAUUUUGUUUUCUUUUUGGAGAGGAAGCCAGUCAUGAGAGAUGAUGUGUCCAUCCUUUUGUAGCGGCACCAUAAUUUUUUGUGUUUGCUUUACAAAGAAAUUUUAACCAACUGUUAUCGUGUCCAUUGUGUUAAAUAUUGUAAUAGGUUUUGCUACAUUGUUAUGUUUUCUAAUUUUUGUACUAGUUAAAUAUUUUUCUUCAGAGGUUUCAUUAUUUUAUCAUUAUAUCACAGAAAUUAUUUACUUUUUUGAUCUUUUUUUUUCUCCUUUUUUUUCAUCUUAUCUUCCUGUUCAAAUUUGAUUCUGCACUUUAAAACGUCUCAUGAACUUGCAGCACCAACACACACCAUCAUCAGUUGUUAAAUAAGAUUAAUGUACUACCAGAUUUAACCACAUAAAAAUUUUAUUUCAUGAUCAAUUUUCCUGAAAGUUCCUAUAUUUUGCUAAGGGUGUGGCUCACAUUGUUGAAUACAGCAGGUUAGCAAUAAUGGCACAUUUUUAUGUUAGGAAAUUUCCUGCUGCAUUUAAAAUUGAACCUCACUUAAUUCCUUUUUUCCCCCUCAAGGACCUGUGUGAGAGUGUGUGUGAAUAACAUGCUGUUACUUCCUGCUAUGUUAUAUUUUUAUAUUGUAUAUUUAAGGUGCACAAUGAUUUGGCAUUUUAAUAAUGUGACAAUGAUAUUCAUGUCUGCUCAUGAUGAUGGUGUUUGUUGUAGACUUGAUUUUGUAUGUGAUGUUGAAGGGUCAAUGACUUUUGUUGAGAAAUAUCCGAUGUUGGGGUCGGAUAGAAAGCUGAAGUAUUACCACUCGAAAAGCAAUAUUCAUCAUCAUUGUUCCAAUAAUUUUAUGUGGUACAAGCUUUCACUUAAAUUGUGCUGUUAAAUGUCUCUCUUACUUGUUACAUUUAAUAUGCAGGGUUGCCAUGUAAGUGGUUAAGAAUUCCCUGUGUGCUUUCAUGUAGGAGAGAUUGUUUACCAGGCAAUUUCUUGGCACUGAGGCCAAGAAUUUACCUGGUAUGUAGGCUAAAAUGGCCAAGCCUCAUUUCAACAUACAUCUUGGGAAUGCCCACUUUUAUCACAACACUUCACAGAUGUAUGGGGAACACCUGCCUUCUCCCUUCCAAUUUUAUUUUUGGACCUGGAGCUUGCUUUGGCAUUUUGUCAUGAUAAGCAGUGUUUCUAGAUUGAAACUAUCUUCCCUCUGUGCACUCUCAUCGCUCUAUUUAGUGAAACUAACUGGCACUUGUGUCAUUUUAUUAAUCAUAAAAAUUAUCUUUUCUUAUGACAGAUUUUUAGGUAUCUUAUCAGAAUCUUCAUUUAAUUAACACUGUUGAACUAUUGUAAGGAUGGUUCUAUGUCCCUUGCCUGACUGUUAUUGUGGCAAAGUUGACUGGCUAGUCUGUAAUGUUGUUGAAUGUCGGUGUACCUUUGACUUUGCGUCAUUUGUGCUAGUGAAUACAUAUUUGUUACAGAAACUUGUUGAGUAAAAAGAAAACGGAACAAAAAUGAAGAAUAAGAUGCGUCACACGUU